AUUGAGUCAGUGCAACAAACACAUUUUUGUUUUAUGAGAAUAGGUCCGCUAGCUACAUCAUGCAAUUCUCAUCACCAUGUGAAUAUUUUGUAGGCUAUAAUUUAUAAUGAUUGUUAUGUAGUUUUUUUUUUGGUGGGAUUCGUCAGAAAAACGGGUGUGUGGGUAAAAAUAAAGUGAAAAAAUUAAAUCAGGGAAAGAUUAGACCUUUACUCAGACCAAUAAAUAAAUAUUUAUAGUGCCAGUUGUUUGUCAACAUGUUACGCCAUUCCCAUCUCAUUAAUCAAUAGGCAGGCAUAGCCUAACCACCAACUCUUUACUUCCCAUGUCCCACUGCGCCACCGUGUGGCCACAUACCCUCCCUACAGCACCCGCUGUGUACAAGUAGUUUGCGACGUAGCGCAGGCGUCUCACUGUCAAUGAAAGAGGCUCACUCACGGCAUACCAGACUUGAGUACAGUGGGAAACCCAGCAUACACAGACACCAAUUUAACUACGAAGAGAGCCGAACGGAGAUACAUUUACAAUUUAAAAGGGUUCGAUUUGAGAGGCUUGCAACUCAGGAUGGCUACCGAGACAGCCUCUGUUCUUCUGUCCCCCAUCAAAACGUGCUUUCUUCUACUUUUGGGUGGUUUGAUGUCCAAAGCUGCGCAGGAGCAGCAGGGAAGUUUGUACAUGUGGAUUGAUGCCAACCAAGCCAGAAUCCUAAUUGGUUUCGAGGAGAACAUCUUGAUCGUGUCAGAGGGAAAGAUGGCUCCAUUCACAACGGACUUCAGAAAGGCCCAGCAGAGGAUGCCUGCGAUACCUGUCAAUAUCCAGAAGGUCAACUUCACCUGGCAAGCUACUGAACAGGCAGAGUACUUCUAUGAGUUCCAGACACUGCGUUCCAUGGAUGUGGAUAUCAUGGACAACCCCACGGUCAACGUUCCUCUCCUGGGCUCUGUACCACGUAAGCCCUCAGUGGUGCAGGUGGGCUUCCCGUGUUUAGGAGACCAGGAUGGCGUAGCGGCGUUCGAGGUCACCAUACUGGUCAUGGACGCCGGUGGGAACAUCAUCCUGAGGACACCUCACAACGCCAUCUUCUUCAAGACCUGCCAGAGAGCUAAAUGUCCAGGUGGUUGUCGUAACGGUGGGUUCUGCAACGAGAGACAGGUGUGUGAGUGUCAGGAUGGUUUCUACGGGCCGCACUGUGAGAAAGCCCUCUGCUCUCCCAGGUGUCUGAAUGGUGGACUGUGUAUGAGUCCGGGGAUGUGCAUCUGCCCACCUGGUUACUAUGGAGACAGCUGUGACAAAGCUAACUGCAGCAUCACAUGUUUAAACGGAGGGACGUGCUUCCACCCAGGGAAGUGUAUCUGUCCUGCAGGCUACGAGGGACCACGCUGUGGGAUCAGUAAAUGUCUCCAGGCCUGCAGGAACGGAGGAAAAUGCACUGGGAAAAACAAAUGCAAAUGUGACAAGGGUUUCCACGGCUACCUGUGUUCCAAGGCUGUCUGUGAGCCCAGCUGUGGAGCCCAUGGGACCUGUGUGGAACCUAACAAGUGCCUGUGUAAGGAGGGCUGGCAUGGACGCCACUGUAACAAGAGAUACAGAGGAGGUGCCUCUAACACCCAUCGUCUCUCAUCAGGCCCUAAACACAAGCCUCAGCAGCACUCCUCCUCUGCCAAGGAGGUGAAAGACGUCCCCGAUGCCGACAUCCCAGCAGAGACCAAUUACGUGGUAUAAGAGCCGGGUCCAGACAACCACACCUGGGUUCAAACACUAUUCAACAUCUUUCAGAUACUUUCAGCAUCUGCUCUAGUCCGGUUGGCGGCGCCUGAUGGGUGCGGCCUGGUGGGAGGGGU